ACAUCCACCUAAUCUUUUUCGUUUCUUUUCACUUUCUCUCUCCAAACACCCGCCCUCUCACUUUCUCUCUCCUCUCUUUUCGCUAGGGUUUUCUCUUUCGCCUACUCCACUCUUCUUCUUCCCCAAUUUUCAAUCAAUUUCUUUCCUCAAAUUAGGGUUUUCUUUAGGUUUAGGUUUAAGUAGUUCAAUUUCUUCUUCUUUCGUUCGACAAUGGAUUUCGGUGGUCCUCGCAAAAGAGGUAGACAUGAAGGUUCACUUAAUGGCAAUGGCGGCUUCAAGAAAUCUCGUCCAGAAUCGGAGUCCUUCCAAUCUGGUGUAGGAAGCAAAUCGAAGCCUUGCACAAAGUUUUUCAGUACGUCAGGCUGUCCAUUUGGUGAGGGGUGCCACUUCUUGCACCAUGUCCCGGGUGGAUUCAAGGCUGUUUCCCAGAUGUUGAACCUUGGUGGUGCACCAGUUCCUCCACCCAGGAAUGUUGCCCCAUCAUACUCUGAUGGUCCAGCUACACCAUCAGGCAAGACCAAGAUUUGCACCAAAUUUAAUUCUCCAGAAGGUUGUAAAUAUGGAGACAAGUGUCACUUUGCUCAUGGAGAACGACAGCUUGGAAGGCCAUCCAUUCCAUCAUAUGAAGAUCCACGGGGCAUGGGAUACAUGUCAGGUAGGAUGGGAGGCAGGAUGGAACCUCCACCACCUGGUAUUGGUGCUGCUGCAAACUUUGGAGAGUCUUCUACAGCCAAACUCAGCAUUGAUGCUGCUCUUGCUGGAGCAGUCAUAGGUAAAAGUGGGAUAAAUUCAAAGCAAAUAUGCCGUGUCACUGGGGUGAAGCUUUCAAUAAGAGACCAUGAGACUGAUUCUAACAAAAGGAAUAUUCAACUUGAGGGCACCUUUGAUCAAAUCAAGCAGGCCUCUUCCAUGGUUGAGGAGCUCAUACGGAAUGUCAAGGCAGCUUCUGGCGGCCCCCCUGUCAGGCAGUCAACAGGACAUGGUGCACCUGGUGGUGGUAGCAAUUUCAAGACAAGGCUUUGUGAAAACUUCACCAAGGGGUCGUGCACUUUUGGGGACAGGUGCCAUUUUGCUCAUGGAGCUGAUGAAAUGCGUAAAUCUGCAAUUUAAUCCUUAGCUCCUCACUUGUUCCUUUUCACCCUAUUUGAUUUGGGGUUUUUGUAUGUCCGUCUCGCAUGUUUAGGCUGUGGAUGUGGGUUGUUUUAGUACUGUGGUACAGAGACAAUAUUACUAUCAGAGGCUGUAGGGUUUUUUUCAUUUGUACGUUUAUGAUCUUACAUUUAAUUAGUUUUGUUAAAUUUCUUUUAUUUUGAUAGUUGGGGUGUUUUUGUGGGUUGGUUACAUCCUAAAGCAGCUUGUGGAUCUUGUGAUUGUCUUAAAAGUAGUAGUACUCUGCUUUGUCUUACGGCUUUCACCUCUCGAAUCGUAACGUUUAUAUUAUUCCUUA